GCCACACCUGGAAUCCAGUAUUACGCCACUCUCUGUGAACGGUCACACUACAUCAGUCAUCAAAGCGGGUGUGGAUCGCUGUUGGUUUUGUGUUGUUUCAUUUUUUCGACGCUUUGAGUUCCCGAGUUAGUUUUAUUUACCUUUCUGUUGAUUAAUAAAAUGUGCAUGGCCCACUGAUAGCCAGAUCAGAUCGAUUUCAGUACUGAGCAAUGAUGUGGCACUUGCUGCACGCCCUGCUCGUAGUAGCCGCCGUCUUGGAUGCACUGCAACCGGCGGUCGGACAAAGCGACACCUACUACAACCCCAACCAAAACCAGCAGAGUUCCCAGCAGCCGCUACUGCCCAACCAGCAGUGGGGAAACAACCAACAGACGAAUCAGUAUAGCAACAACAACCAAAACAUUGGCCAAACGAAUCCCAACGAUCGCCCUCCGUACAGAACCGAUUCGGGGAGCUACAACGAUCUUGCUGGGCAAGAUGACUAUAAUAAACGAGUGGGAGGAGGCUACCAGGAUAACGAAGAGCCGAGUCUGACUCGGGGAAAGUCGUCCUAUAACAUCAAGGCCACCUUCCUGGAGUCGCUGCAUUCAAGGGAGCCCACAUACUUCAUUGUGGCCUCUCGAAUGGUCAGGCCUGGUCUAAUCUACCAGGUGUCUGUGUCCAUUCUUCAAGCUCAGUACCCGAUAACCGUUCAUGCUAGCAUCGCCUGCGAUGGUGUCCAAAUCAGCGGAGACUCUAAGAAUGUUAAGGAGGGCAUACCGGAGACGCUGCUCAUGAGGAUCCCACCAACCAGUGUGACUGGAAGCUAUAAGCUUCGAGUGGAAGGUUUCUACCAGAAUGUAUUUGGUGGCCUCGCCUUCCUGAACGAAACAAGACUAGACUUCUCCCAGCGUUCCAUGACGAUAUUUGUACAGACCGAUAAGCCCCUUUAUAUGCAAGGGGAAACUGUGCGAUUCAGGACCAUUCCGAUCACCACCGAACUCAAAGGAUUUGACAAUCCCGUGGAUGUGUACAUGCUGGAUCCAAACAGGCAUAUUCUUAAACGUUGGUUGUCUCGUCAAUCAAACUUGGGUUCCGUUUCACUGGACUACAAACUGUCGGAUCAGCCCACUUUUGGUGAAUGGACCAUCCGUGUUAUUGCUCAGGGACAGCAGGAGGAGAGUCACUUCACCGUGGAGGAAUACUAUCAGACCCGCUUCGAAGUGAAUGUUACCAUGCCUGCCUAUUUCUUCACCACGGAUCCGUUUAUCUACGGAAGGGUGAUGGCAAACUUUACCAGUGGUCUACCAGUAAGAGGUAAUCUCACAAUCAAGGCUACAAUCCGGCCAAUUGGAUACUUCAGCAACCAAGUCCUAAAUGAAAAGUAUCGUCUGGGUCGGUCACCCUUGGAGCAACUUAACCGAUACAAUGAACGAUGGCGCUACAAUAAUCCCAACCAGAAUCCGCAAGUGCAGUAUAAUGUGCCUGGACAACUGCCCCAGGACGGAGCAGAUCUGUCACAGGAUAUUCUGUACAGGAAUCAAUAUGUGGUCGAGCGACACUAUCAGUUCGACGAGGAGUGGCCAUUCUGGGUUAGAAAACCUGAGUAUCACGAUAGCAGCUACGAGGCGUGGAGUGGAACUUAUCGAAAGACCCUACCCUACCUGCGCUAUUUCAAUGGAACCUUCGACUUCAAGUGGCCAUUAAGAGAGCUAGAGCUGCUGGUGCCCAAUCUGGCCAACUCGGAAGUGUUGAUCACGGCCACAGUUGGGGAGAAGUUCUACGAUGAGAUCAUUAGUGGUUACUCCGUGGCCAGGGUGUACAAUUCCAGUCUGAAGGUGAUAUUCCUUGGCGAUUCUCCGCAGGUCUUCAAGCCCGCCAUGCCAUUUACCACAUAUCUAGCUGUCGAGUACCAUGAUGGUUCCCCAAUUGAUCCAAACCUAUUACGCCAGGGUUUAAUGGAAGUCUCUGGUUUCGUGGAAAGCCGCAAUGGCGGCAGGAGGGACUGGCCCGCCCAGCGAUUGCCCAUGUCGCAACAAAGUGAUGGCAUUUGGGAGGUGAAGAUAGACAUCCGGAAUGAUCUGAACCUGGACGAUCGCCCGCAAUCAAGAGAUUUCUUGAACGGCAUUCAAAAUAUGCGCUUGCACGCGAAUUUUGUGGAUCCGCGUGGUGAACGCAUUCAAACGGAGCUUCUUUUGGUGUCUCACUAUUCUCCCAGAAAUCAGCACAUCAAGGUCACCACCAGCACAGAGAAACCAGUGGUUGGAGAGUAUAUAAUCUUCCACAUCCGUACGAACUUCUACCUCGAAGAGUUCAACUAUCUCAUUAUGUCAAAGGGCGUUAUCCUGGUGAAUGACCGAGAAACCAUUACAGAGGGUAUCAAAACCAUUGCUGUGGUUCUGAGUUCCGAAAUGGCACCUGUGGCUACUAUGGUAGUGUGGAAAAUUAACCAGCAGGGACAGGUUGUGGCCGAUUCCCUCACCUUCCCGGUAAAUGGCAUCUCCCGGAACAACUUUACUGUAUACAUCAAUAAUCGUAAGGCGAGGACCGGAGAAAAAGUGGAGGUGGCCAUCUUUGGAGAGCCUGGCUCGUAUGUGGGUCUUUCAGGCAUCGACAGUGCCUUCUAUACAAUGCAGGCCGGCAACGAACUCACUUACGCCAAGAUCAUCACUAAGAUGUCCAACUUCGACGAGCAGACCAACGGAACUUAUAAGCACAUUUGGUACUCUCACGAAGGCAAUCCCGACGAGUUGGUGUACUUCCCCGCCUCGUCCUUUGGUGUCGAUGCAAACCGCACUUUUGAGUACAGUGGAUUGAUCGUUUUUACGGAUGGUUAUGUACCCAGAAGACAGGAUACCUGCAAUCGUACAUUGGGUUUCGGGGAGUGCUUGAGUGGACGUUGCUAUCGCCUCGAGAAGCAGUGCGAUGGUUUGUUUGAUUGUGAUGAUGGAACAGACGAGAUCAAUUGCCAUGUGAGAAAUGACACAGAGCUGUUGAACUACAGAAAAUACCGAUUUAAUCGCGUGCUGCGGCAUUAUGAGAAUGUAUGGCUCUGGAAGGAUGUGAACAUUGGACCGCAUGGUCGAUACAUCUUUAAUGUGGAAGUUCCUGAUCGUCCCGCCUACUGGAUGGUUAGUGCGUUCAGUGUGAGUCCAUCCAAAGGCUUCGGAAUGAUGAACAAGGCCUUGGAGUACGUUGGAGUCCAACCCUUCUUCAUAAACGUGGAAAUGCCGGAGGCUUGCAGACAAGGCGAGCAGGUGGGCAUCCGUGUCACUGUAUUCAACUAUAUGGUAACUCCCAUCGAGGCCAUUGUUGUGCUGCACGGCAGUCCGGACUACAAGUUUGUGCACGUGGAGGAGGAUGGCAUCGUAAGAUCGUAUAACCCCAGAACCAGCUUUGGUGAACACCAAUUCUUCAUCUAUUUGGAGGCCCAAGGCACCACGGUGGUUUACGUGCCGGUGGUGCCUCAGCGUCUCGGCAAUGUGGAUGUGACUUUACACGUGGCUACUUUGCUUGGAACUGAUACAAUAACACGAACACUGCACGUAGAGUCGGAUGGUCUGCCACAAUAUCGUCAUCAAUCCGUGCUUCUUGAUCUCUCGAACCGUGCCUACGUCCUAGAAUACAUGCAUGUUAAUGUAACCCAAACGCCAAUAAUUCCAUACCAGGUUGAUCGUUACUUUGUGUAUGGCUCAAACAAGGCUAGGAUAUCGGUAGUGGGCGAUGUGGUGGGUCCCAUCUUCCCCACCAUGCCCGUAAAUGCCAGCUCCUUGCUUUACCUGCCAAUGGAGUCUGGUGAGCAGAAUGCUUUUAGUUUUGCCGCCAAUCUCUACACGAUUAUGUACAUGCGAUUAAUUAAUCAGCGCAACAAAACGCUGGAGAAGAAUGCCUUUUACCACAUGAAUAUUGGCUAUCAGCGGCAGUUGAGCUUUAUGCGACCCGAUGGUAGCUUCUCACUGUUCCGUUCCGAUUGGAACAACUCAGAUUCGUCUGUAUGGCUGACCAGCUACUGUCUAAGGGUGUUCCAAGAGGCCAGCUUCUACGAAUGGGAGAACUUCAUCUGGAUCGAUGCCACCAUUAUUGAAAAGAACAUGCGAUGGCUUCUCCAACACCAGACGCCACAGGGAUCCUUCUACGAGGUCACGUGGCUGCCGGAUAGGAAGAUGAACCGCACAAACUUUGACAAGAACAUCACGCUAACGUCCCAUGUACUCAUAACUUUGGCCACCGUAAAGGAUAUCUCUGGCACUCUGGGCUCUCGAGUUGCUUUGGCCACCCAGCGAGCCUUGGCGUAUAUAGAACGAAAUAUGGACUUCCUGAGACACCAAGCGCAACCUUUUGAUGUGGCCAUUACAGCCUACGCCCUUCAACUUUGUAACUCCCCGAUUGCCGAAGAAGUAUUUGCCAUUCUGCGACGCCAAGCCAGGACUAUAGGCGACUUUAUGUACUGGGGUAACAAGGAAAUACCGCAACCUCCACGCAAGCUGGAGAAUCAAAAGUGGUUCUCGCUGCCGCGCCUGCCUUACGAAUAUGACUCACUGAAUAUAGAGACCACCGCCUACGCGUUAUUGGUUUAUGUAGCCCGCCGUGAGUUCUUCGUGGAUCCCAUCGUGAGGUGGUUGAACUCACAGCGCUUAAACGACGGCGGAUGGGCCUCCACCCAGGAUACCAGUGCAGCACUCAAGGCUCUUGUGGAGUACACAGUGCGGUCUAGGCUGCGCGAGGUUUCCUCGUUGACCGUGGAGAUCGAGGCCUCUUCGCAGGGCGGCAAAACACAAACCCUUUACAUUGAUGACACGAAUCUAGCAAAAUUGCAGAGUAUCGAGAUUCCGGACGCCUGGGGCACCAUCAAGGUUCAGGCUAAGGGUGCUGGAUAUGCCAUCCUUCAGAUGCAUGUGCAGUACAAUGUGGACAUUGAGAAGUUCCAGACCAAGCCGCCAGUGCCAGCCUUUGGACUACACACCAAGGCAAUCUUCCACGGCAGGAAUCAGUCGCACAUCUCUUAUGUGGCUUGCCAAAAUUGGAUAAACCAAAACGAGUCGGAGCGCUCAGGCAUGGCGGUUUUGGAUGUGGCCAUACCGACUGGCUAUUGGAUACAACAGCAAAAACUCGACAGUUAUGUGCUCAGCAACCGGGUCAGGAAUUUGAGAAGGGCUCGAUAUCUAGAACGCAAGAUUGUCUUUUACUUCGAUUAUCUUGACCAAGAGGAUAUCUGUGUGAACUUCACCAUAGAGCGUUGGUAUCCAGUGGCCAAUAUGUCUCGUUAUCUGCCAGUGCGGAUUUACGACUACUAUGCACCGGAACGGUUCAACGAAUCAAUAUUUGAUGCCCUGCCCACAUAUCUGCUGAACAUUUGUGAGGUAUGCGGCAGCUCUCAGUGUCCGUACUGCUCCAUCUACAACAUGGGCUGGCGCGCCUCCAUGUCCAUGUCCCUGCUCUUCUUCAGCGUGUUCAUAUACCUACUGCGAAGUCGCACGCACCUGGUCUUAAACAUGAUGCAACUGCUCACAUAGAAAGGAAUGAAUGCUAUUCACAAAAUCACCAUCGAAACACCUUGCUAAUAUUCGUAGUGUUUUUGUUCAUUUAUUGAGUGUUUACUUUUUAGUUUUUUGUUUUGAGUUGUAGUUUUUUGUUUGCCAACGAAAUUGCAUUCCGUCCAAAAAUGCUGGUCAACAUUUUGGUUAUAUUUUUAGUUCUUUUCAAUUGUACUCCCCGAAACUGACCCGCUGUAGAAUCGAAUGUACAAAACAGCAGUUAAACGUAUAUUAAUUUUUAUUUUUAUUGCUGAACAAAGAAUCUUCUGCCACCCGUAGCAGACCACAUAUAGCCACCUAAUGUAUCUUGUAAGUCGUAACGAACCACACUAUGCCUUAUCAUAGAGCGGGCUCCAAGUGUGGAAUGAAAAAUCAAUCAAUGUGUCUUUCACAAAAUGCCUUUAAUAGAUUUUAGAAAUCAUUAGCAAAUGUAUCUUGACAAAAGUUUUGCAUGCAUAUCGAAUGGAAAUUUAUCUAAUUUGUAUAAUCUAACUCUUGAAUAUUUGUAAACGAAAUGAAGAGAAACGUUGAGAAAACCGUCCAAUUAAUUUAUGCAAAUAAUGAAUCUGCAUAGUUUGUAAGUUUUAUACGUAUAUACCCUCCAUAUGAACCACAAUUAGUCUUUAAACUCCCUACACAAAUCUCACAUAGCCAUGUACAUGAAGCUAACUAAGCGAGGAACUGGGAAAUGUUUGUACACAACUUAAGAAUGUCGCUCCUUCCCGUACCAUAAGAAUCGAAACUCUUUGAAGUGUCUUGUGUUUUCUUUUGUAAUAAACAA